GGGAUGGCGAGGGGAAAGUGCCGGAGUGGGCGACGGUGGAGCUGCAGGGCCUCGUGCAGAUGAAGGGGGAGGGCCCCGACGAGGCCACGGUGGUCGGCGACGUGCACUACUACAGUAAGAACCGACACCCGGUGCUCGUGCUCGGACACCACGUGCUCAAUGGCAAGGAACAAAAACUGGAACAGCCCAUGGCAGUACUAGAGAAGAUUGUUGUAGGAAAUGAGACCAAAUACAAAGUGAAAGCUAUCGUUAAGAAGAAACUUUUAUUCAAGUCUAGACCUAAGCCCAUCAUUUCCAAUGUUGCGGAAAGAGUAUGAAAUUCAUUAAAUUUGUUACAUUAUCA